CUGUGAAUCCACUUCAGGGUUCAUCUAUGCGGCGACUGGUGAUGACGCCAUCAUUAACGGACAGUGUUGUCAUUCUGGAAAUGUGGGAAGCGUCUCUGUCUGUUUUUGGAUCGUUUAAAAUUCUUUGUUGUUGAUUCAACCACCAAGAGGUCCAAUGGCUGACUACUGGAAAUCGCAACCAAGGAAAUUCUGUCAGUACUGCAAGUGCUGGAUUGCUGACAAUAAGCCUAGCAUCGAGUUCCACGAAAGAGGCAAGAACCACAAAGAAAAUGUGGCUGCAAAAAUCUCAGAGAUUAAAAAGAAGAGCAUUGAGAAGGCGAAACAGGAGGAACGCAUGUCUAAAGAGUUCGCAGCAAUGGAGGAGGCUGCGCUGAAGGCAUAUCAGGAAGAUCUGAAGAGGAUGGAAAGGGAGGCAGCAGGAUCAGUUUCACCAACCCAAACAACCACACAGCCACAACCUCAGGCAAAACCUCAGGUGAAACAGCAGGCCAAAAAACAGCAAAAAAAGGGGAAAACAAGCAAGAAGCCCAGAGACCAAACAGAAGUGCAGGUUUGGGUUGAAGGACAGACAGAUGAUGGACACACGUACUAUUACAACACAAUAACUGGAGAAUCUCAGUGGGACAAACCAGACGAUUUCCAGGGAGAAACCUCAGCCUCUGCACAGCCUGUACAGACUGAGGGGUCUUCAGGUUGUCCUUGGAUGGAAGCUGUCAGUCCUGAUGGUUAUACAUAUUACUACAACACAGAGACAGGAGAGUCCAGCUGGGAGAAGCCAGUAGACUUUCCCUCCAACGUGGCAUCUGGAUCUGUAAUCGAAGGAGAGGCAGAGAGUCAGGAUGAGCCAUCAACCCCACAGCCAGAGCCGCUCUCAGGAGGAGAGGAGAGCUCCAACGGGGCCUCGGCUCCCCAGGAACCUGAAGUCCCUGAAGAAGCCAGCAAGCAGUCCACAGUCCCAAAGAUCAGCUUCAGGAAAAGGAAAGCCGAGGCUGAGCCCUCAGAAGAGGAGGCUGAAGAUAAAGUCGGAGAUGACGCUCCUAAAGAGGACGCUGCAGAGACAAAAAAAGAGGAAAUGGUCCAAAGCAUGACGGCUGAACCGGAGAAAGAGGAAGAAAAGGUCACGCCAAGUGCGACACAAGCUAAAAGGCCGAAAGCCGCAAAUCCCUAUGGAGUCUGGGAACAGAUCCAGGAGGAGAAGGAUCCAUAUGCCAGCGUGGACUUACAGUUGCCCCAGGUGGAGGGAAGCACGGCUGGGGCUCCAACCGACCUGCCGCCAGAGCCAAAGCCGAAGUUCAAGGAACGCAUCAUCACCUCCCUCGGGGAGGAAGGCGGACCCGCUUCAUUCAGAAAAAACAAGACACAGAACGGCAAAGCCAGGAGCCUCCGACAGAGAGACAGCGAUGACUAAACCGAACGCAGAACAGCUACAAGGCACAAUGCAGCAGAAUAAGACUUUUACACAAAUAAAAUUUCUUCCCAGGAACUUUAUGACGUGCCGUUUUGAUUUUUGAUGUGUAUUAAACAUAUUAGUUGUUUCUUUUUAAAUAACACCCACAAAUCAAUUUUCAACUUUUUUGUGUACUGAGGUCUGUCUUGACGAAAGUGUGCAAACUCUUUUGUAGUCAUAUCUCACAUAUACAUUAUUGUCAGCAUCCUGUUGUGAUCAUUUUAUUACUUUCUGCAUGUAGGGCAGUAAACACAGAACUGAACCUACACAGAGCAACUCAGAUAACUUUGUGUGUUUUACAUAUCUGUAUUUUUUUACUAGUAUAAAAGUUCUGAAAAACUAGUAAGGUGCCCUUGUGGAAACAUCAUUGCGAUAUUUGUUGUUUGUAUACUUUCAUAAAGCAGUAUGGAUAGAAGAAGUGAUUAAAGAUGGGAAAACCGGAAUGUCA